AUGGGCUUCCAAAACCGCACCUUGGCUCUCCCUUGCUGCCCAGAUCGUGCACAGGAGUGGCAGGCGUGGUCGGUUCGCCAGUGCAUGCCAUACGGGCCCCCUUACGACAAGUGGGGAGCGGACAGGGGGUGGGGGGACUUGGACAUGGAGAGCGAGUGGAGGACGGAGGUGGGGAGGGCGGACUUGGGGGUGGGGGACCCGGAGAUGGCGAGAGUGCAGGUGGGGAGGGCGGACGUGGGGGUGGGGGACUUGGAGAUGGCGAGCGUGCCGAUCAGAGUGUUGGGGGGGGGGGGAGGGAGGGGGGGCGUGGGGGAGCGUGAGGAGGGCGGACGUGGGAGGGGGGGACGUGGAGGGGGGAGACGAGGGGGGGGGGGGGGGGCGGACGUGGGGGGGGGGCGGACGGAGGGGCCGGGGCCGGGGACGUGGAGGCCGGGGACGUGGGGAGGGCGGACGUGGGCCUGGCGCACUUGGGGAGGGGGCACGUGGGGAGGGCGGGCGUGGGGAGGGGGCACGUGGGGAGGGUGGACGUGGCCAGCGGGCGGACCCGCGGAGCCCCGCAAGUACAUCGGCGGGCACACCCGCCCCAAGAAGCCAGGGCACCGCAGAACACCUCCCGUGCUCUCCCCUCCCCUGCUCUCCCCUCCCGUGCUCUCUCCUCACCUGCUCUCCCCUCUCGUGCUCUCCCCUCCCGUGCUCUCCUCUGCUCUGCUCUCCCCUCUCGUGCUCUCCCCUACCGUGCUCUCCCCUCCCCUGCUCUCCCCUCCCCUGCUCUCCCCUCCCGUGCUCUCCCCUCCUGUGCUCGGCCAUCCCAUGCUCUCCCCUCCUGUGCAAUGA